AGAUGAGGUUUUGGUGGAAAUGGAAACUUGUGAGGAGUUAAGGCCAGUUAUGCCCUCUGCUAGUCGCCCAAGUUACAGCUCUGGUGGAAAAUAUGGAUUUUCUGAUCGUGUAAUUGAUGGUAUGUCUGUGACUGUGAACUCUGUCAUCAUCACUUUCAGGUCUCCUGCAUUUCAAGCAUCGUUUCAGAUUUCCCGACUUCUAGUAGAAAGUAGAACCCCUAGCUGGAAGAAAGAAGACCUCCGACUCACACGCAUCAAGCAUCCUGAGAAGAGAGAAAUUCUGCUUUUCAAACAAAUAGAAUGGCAAGUCCUUCGAAUAGAAGCAAAAGCUGUUGGAAAUACUGCACUUUUGGGACAUCCAAAUGUUACGUUAACUCCACUUCGACUAAUCACUAACCAGGCUUGUUGCAGAAUUACCGUCAAAAAGAAACUUAACGACUGCAGCAUUAUAGGAACAAGGCUAGUUAUGAUACUGGAUGACUUGUUGUGGGUUCUUACUGAUGCUCAAUUAAUUGCUGCCCUACACUUCAUGCAGUCGCUAAAAGACCUAGUCCAACGUGCAACCCAGAGGGCUCAAAAACUAAAGGCUGUGCAGAAGUUGGCAUCCCAAAGUGAUGCUGUGCUUCAGAGCCAGGCUCAGUCUCAGUACACAGUGAAACCAAAAGCUGAUGUAAGCCAAGCGGUCACACCGUUGACACGCCUCUUUAAUCACUACGAUGUGAUCGAGACAUCCUGUCAUCUCUAUUCAGGAAUGAUCGAACUCCACUUGUGUGAUGACUUGGAUCCAAAGGGACGAUCAGGAUGUGAAAACCUAAAGAAUGGUGGUGCUCUUCAGAUCUCUCUUCAAAAAUUAGUGAUUGAUUAUUAUCCUUAUCACUGUGCAAUGGGAAGCCGAGAUCACUGGCUUCGGUAUAAUGAACCCUCGACGGGAAGAAAUGCUUGGGUUCAACAGCUCCUGUCAUUAUUCCAAAACAGGAUUCAAGCCUUUUACCAGGCUGACUUGGCUGAAAGUGGUAAACCAGGUCAUGCACCAGUGUUUAGGGCACCCCCUCAUGGUGUACAAUCAGGUUACAAGCAAAGUAGCAGUUCCUCGGCUGAAUCCAGAUCACAUCUGCCCAGCUCUUCUCCGGAAGGAAGCCGGAGUUCUAGUCUCUACCCACUAAGGAAGUCUUCCGCUAGGUGGAGUCUUAAACACAUGAUGUCAUGUUGUGUUAUCCUAAGGAUUGAGGAUUUCUCUGUACAUAAUAUUUCUACAUCCUCCAAAAGUCGAUCACGCACAACACCAGGAAAGUUUUUAGCUUCGGACAGGACAACUAUUCUUUUACCUCCAGACAUGAAAGCUGUGCAUCUUGAGAUGACGUAUUAUUAUUUUCCAGGGGAUUUGGAUUUCCCAGUUCCAAGUCCUUAUGUACACAUGCACUUAGGUCCUGUGUAUGGUACUUAUGAUAGCCAAACAGUUUUAUGGCUUAAUGCUUUUUUUCUCAACAUACAGAAUUCUAUGGUUCCUGCAGCUCCUCCUCCUCCAGUUGCUUCCCCACCUUCAGUGGAUGUACGUUUUGAGGCUCUAAUGUCAAAGGUGAUAUUUCCUUGUGAUCAAAGUUAUCCACAUCAGCUGGAAUGGCCACAAGCUCUUCAUCUGCAGGCUUCUCGUAUUGUGGCCACAAAUCGUAGACUUGGUGACCAUGCAUCAAAAUCGCACCUGAGCCAGUGUCUAGAAACCUUCAGUGAAGGUACAUUGUUAUAUGAAAACAAUACCUAUCCGUGGAGGAUGGGAGAUUUCAAGCCAAUACCUGAAGGGCUGUUGGAAUAUGUUAUUGGAAAAUCCACGCUUUCUGGAAAUAGCGAGGAGGGUGCUUCACCAACUCUUAGUAAUAAAGGUUUCCUCAACAGUGAUGAUAAAAUAGUUUGGAGUGUCCAUCUUGACCCUUUUUGGGCUGAUUUUGUUAGUGGAGAAAUGGGAAAGAGAAGACCACAGACAUUUAUUGAUGCAUUACCUCUUACUAUUUGGCUGUAUGGCCAACAGAAUGGGUCGUCAACAAGAACUUCUUCUCCAGAUAAUCGUCAUGGUAAAGACGUAACUGACAACACGACAGAUAAGAAGACGGAUCCAAAAAGUCUUGGUGAUGCAAAGCCAGAAGUAGAAUCAGCAGAUGCUAAAACUUACAUGGUCCUUCACGUUCAUUCCAUAGUGAAUGUCCAGAUGACUCAUCAUCAGUAUAUAUUUUUACUUCGUGUACUAGAUACAAUAAGUGAGACAAACACUCAACUGGCUAAUGACGUAAUCAACAUUCUUGGAGAAGAAAUGCCUUCGAGCAUGUGUAUUGCUGCUUUUUGGCCACGUGUAGAUCUUUCAUUAUUGCUUCAGAAUAUAAAGCAGUAUACUGCUACGUCUGGUUCAGAUGAUCUAGUGUCACUUCUAAAAUCUCCCUCUCAGAGUGAAAUUCAUCUCUUCCCUGCUUCUCAAGAACCCUCGUUAGCAGAAGAUGCUAGUAAAAAAGAAUACGUGCCAACAAGUAGCUUCAAUGAGGUGCCAGUUGUCGUCAAUCUGCCAAAGUCUCAUAGUGAUUCUGUAUUAAGUUUCCAUUCGUCUAGUACAACACCUCCUUUAACUCCUCCAGCAGAUGCUUCGUGCAGUACAAUAGAAAAUACCAGCGAACCACUUCAAAGAGGAAUACAGAGCAGCAGAAAGGCAGUAAAAAAGGGUCUCACUAACAUAAUGGCAAGCAUAGAUUCCGUAAUGACAAGAGGUUCACCACAGUGGUCAGAACACAAUGAAGAAAACAGUUCCGUAGCUGAUGAUGACACCUUAUCUGUAAGGAGUGACUUUUCAUCUGAUAGUGACCAAAUGUUUGUGGUGGGUCUAGACACAGCAGGAAGUGAAGAAGACAUAAAUGUGUUUCCUACAAAAAGCCAUACAAGCGUAGAUGUGGAAAUUGCUGAUGAUGCUCAGGAACUGUCAGGAAGCAACAAUGAUGACAGCUCAAACAGUGAAAAAAAAAAUGAUAUACAAAUUUCAAGAGUAACCCUGAAAUUUGAGGGAGUGGAAACAGUAGUUCUGUUUGUUGGUGCAAGUUCCUCAGUGUUAUUAAAAACUUGUCACUUGGAAGUAGAAGAAGACAGUGCCAUUUCGUGGGAGAGCUUUCAAAAUCAUUUCUCAUCAAAAUCUCGUUCUUGGAAGAACAGUCAGUCAAACAAUCUGAAAGGAAAAUUUAAGCUUAUUUUGAGGUUUGAUCAAGGAUCAGCAGCAACAUCUUGUUACCAGGAGGCAGGAGACAUUGGCUACCUGACAUGUUUGGUCCAGAAUAUUGAUUUGGAUGUGCUUAUGAGCUCGUGUUCGGGAAUUGGUGCAUUUCUUAAAGAUGAAAUUGUGACAGAAACUGUGCCUUCAAGAAUCCUGAUUGACUCAUUGAAAAUUAAAUUGAAGGAUGACCAGUUUUCCAGCGUUUCCACACAAGCACAGCCUCUUCCUAUGUGCAUUAACCUACCUGGUUGUCUUAUUGAAAGAACCAAAGAAAACAUCAUACGUAUACUGCCUUUACCUCCAGGUGUGGAUUUUGCUUCUGUUUUGGGUGCUGAUAAGAAAGAAAGUGGUGGUGAUGAUGCUAAAAGUGGAUUGGAAGAUCUGACAUUUGAUCCUAAUAAGCUAAAGAGAUACUAUAAUGUUAGUAAAUUUUAUACCAGUACAAAGAAGACAAUGGAUCUCUCCGAAGUACACGUCUUCUCGGAUACAAGUCACCUAACUAGUCUGGAUGAAGUAGAUAAUAAGGAAAAUCUUUCAUCUGAAAAUGAAAAAUUAAGACUAAAACUUACAGCACUUAUUGGUGUUAAGCGUGAGAACGAACUACUGAAAGAACAGAUGAAUCAGAUUUUAUCCGUACAAGGUAAAGAAGAAAUAGAGCAACAACUAGUAUUAGCCCAAGAUGAAAUUCGUCGUCUUGAAGAAGAAAAACGAUCUCUGAUGGAGACGAUGCAGGUGCUACAGGAGGAGCUGAAUAAAGCUGAGCUAGAAAAACAACGAAAAUGUUUCUCAGGUUGCUAAAAAAAAAUGUGUAUUUUGUAAAUGUCAAAACUUGUGGUUUUCUGAUUUCUUGACUGUGAUGGCAAAGCCAUAUGAAACCAAAGACUUGGCUGUGAUUAGUUCUAAACCAUUUUGUUGUGUUCACUAUGUAAGUAAUAGCAUUAAAAAAAAACAUUAAUUAAUUUGCUGCAGCAGGAAUGACUGUUCAAACAUUUAUGAUUCUUUAGUAGAUUGCUUCAAUGGAAUUGUUAAACUACGUAACAUUUUAACUUAAAUAACGGCAAGGUAAUUCUUUUGUAAUCAUGAAAAUUAUUUGAAUAUUUGCCAUACAAACUAAAUAAAGUUCAGGAUGUAGGUUAAGUGUAGUAACACUGUCUAGAGCUUAGAAAGUGUGUACUAUAUGUGUGUGUGACUUAACUACAAAUUUCAUGUGUGUGUGUGUGUCUUGGGUAAGUAGUGGAAAGAUGGUUUUAAUACCUAUUUUUAGAUGUGUAUUUACUUGAAAGUAGUCUUUGAUUGGCUGGAAAAACCUAUGAACAAAAGUCAAAACCAGUCUUUUUAGUAAACUUGGUAUUGUUAUGAAGUUUUCUCCAUUAGAACUUUCCAAAAGUACACGGAAACGUUGUUUAAUGAUAAUAACAGAAUUGUUAUUCAGAUGCUGACCUAACUGUAGAAAGAUUAAAACACGUGUCAGCAUAUUAAUUUGUGUACUAUUGUUUCUUUGUUUUCAGAGAGAUUAAGAUGAACAACAGGAGUGAUGGAAUGUAUGUAAAUGUGGGUGUAAAACUAUAUAAAUGGUGUAAUUAUUGAGUUUUAUUACUUGCGUGAUACUUCAAAAAGGAAUUUCAGUGAUAAGGUAUUAUAAAUCUCUACAGUGUAUAUAAACAUGAUAGUGUUAUUAUUAAAAUAUAUUAACUUUUAUCAGGUUUUAGUACUCGUAUCACACAGUUCAAAUGCCUAAAAUAUGUUGACCAGUUUAUUUAUAAUUGAAUUGAAAUUUUUCUAUUGAAAAAUCCUCAAAAAGAUUUGGUAAUUAUUGAAUAUACUUAGGUUAACUUCAGUGAGGGAAAUUUAUAUUAACUGUGUAGACAUAAUACAUUUCUUUAGUAGUAACAAGAAAUUAUAUUAAAAUCUGUGAAUCAUUUAGUAAAAAAAUUGAUGAUGAAAUUUAGUAGAGAAGUUAAUAAUAGCCAGCCAGUUUAAGUUUUAGAACCCAAAAUAAAGAAAGAAGGUUAAUAUGAUGAGAGAGACAGAACGUUACAUACACAUAACUUAAAAAAAAUCAAGUGGGUGAGUUUUUUGUUACUGGAUGUUCAUAAAAAGUUUUUGUCGAAGUGAAAUUAAAUUAAUUUAAAAACUAAUCUACUGUCAAAUGAAUUAAGGCUUAUUUUUAGUGAUUGUUGUCAUCAUUUUUUACAGUUUCAGAGUAAAUAAAUAAUGGUGAAUGAUAAAUGUGAAGCAUAAGAAGUUUUAACUGUACUCGUCUACUGUAAUAUGUUAGUUGACUUGUAUGGAAACGUAACUGGCAUGUUGAAAAAAUAGAUGAAUUUUUCUUAUGGUCAUUAUCAUUUCUCAUUUUGGGCACUAGUUUAAGUGAAAGUGUAGUCAUAAAAUGUUUCAUUGUUUUAUUAAGAAAAUGGUCAGAAGUACUUUGAUAUACAAUUAAUUCACAGUCAGAAGUACUUUGAUAUACAAUUAAUACACAGUUAGAAGUACUUUGAUAUACAAUUAAUACACAGUUAGAAGUACUUUGAUAUACAAUUAAUACACAGUUAGAAGUACUUUGAUACAAGACUUACACAAUUAAUACACAGUUAGAAGUACUUGACUUACACAAUUAAUACACAGUUAGAAGUACUUUAAUACAUGACUUACACAAUUAAUACACAGUUAGAAGUACUUUGAUACGUGACUUACACAAUUAAAACACAGUUAGAAGUACUUUGAUACAAGACUUACACAAUUAAUACACAGAAGUACUUUGAUACAAAGACUUACACAAUUAAUACACAGUUAGAAGUACUUUG